AAAAAAAAAAAAAAAAAAAAAAAAAAACGUUACCUUCCCACUCUCAGGCGAGCGUCAAAGGGAGAGGAAGAAAGGAAAUCAGAGCUCUGUGAAGAUUCAAACCUAAAUCGAAACCAGAGAUGGGCAAAGAUCUGAGCGAUGAGCAGAAAUCCUCCAUGAAAGAGGCCUUUACCCUCUUCGAUUCCGACGGCGAUGGACGGAUCGCUCCAUCGGAGCUCGGGAUUCUAAUGCGUUCCCUCGGCGGCAACCCCACUCAAGCCCAACUCAAAGCCAUUAUAGCUGAGGAGAACCUCACUGCUUCUUUUGAUUUCAAUCGCUUUCUUGAGAUCAUGUCCAAGCACAUGAAGCAUGAGCCCUUCGAUCGCCAGCUUCGAGACGCUUUUAAGGUUCUCGAUAAAGAGAACACCGGUUACGUCCUGGUCUCGGAGCUCCGACACAUUUUGACGAGUAUUGGUGAGAAGCUUGAGCCGUCGGAGUUUGAUGAGUGGAUUCGAGAAGUUGAGGUUGGACCGGAUGGUAAAAUUCGGUAUGAGGAUUUCAUUGCUCGAAUGGUGGCCAAAUGAGGAGGGAAGUAAUGCAAAUUUGGUUGUGUGUGCUUUACUGGAAUGAUUUCUGAAGUAAUUUGUGGCGAUCUUUGUUGUUUUUUAUUCUUCUUUUAUUUUUCUUUCCAAUUUCUGUUAAUUGGUUUCAGAUUACAAGACUUGCUUGGAUUUUAGUGGGAUGGAUGCAGGUGAUGUUCGCAUACUUUCCCAAGUAAUGCUAAUAUUAUUUUGAAAAAUUUAGGAUUAUGAUGGGAUAUGUUUGGAUUGAUUCGAGGUGUAUUGAAAACUGUGGUUUUCUGGGUAACGUAGAAUCUGGUGAUUUGUAUGUGUUU